GUUUUUUGGAGGCUACUACCUAGGGUUUUAGGGUUCUUCUAUGUUGCGUAGGAGGAGCGAGGAGCUAUGGAAGCGAUGGAAAGAUUCAGCCGCGACAGUGAGCCAGCGGCGGAGCUAUGGCAGCAAGAGCCUGGAAUACAAAGCGAAGAUGAUGAAAGAGUUUUUCGAGUACCACCAGAGCUUGGGCAAUCCAGAUCUCAUCACAUUCGUUGGGAGAGCUAAAAACAUCUUGUCAUCGCAAUGGCGUUGUCAGCUCGUCACGAGAGCUCGAGCAGCCAAGAGGGACGAGAAGCUCCACGCCUCGAUUGUCCAGUUUGGAUUCUUCACAAAGCCUUAUGUUUGCUUGACGAAGGAAGACAAGGCUCACAAACUGGAUCUUGUAGUUGAUAGCAACGCGACGCUCUUCGUCGGUCAUACCGAUCCUCCUUCUCUUAUGGAAACUAUAAGGCUUCUGGGUAAGGUUCCUCCUCAUAUCAUCUUGACUGGUGUAAUGGGAUUUGCCGAAGACAGUGAGGUGAGCAGAGUAAAGGAAGCUCUCUCGUCUAUAAACACAGCUGCUAAAGAGGUUGUGGAGCUCGGUGGUCAAGCACUCGGUCCUCUCUUUGAAGCGUCAGAGAAAUUGCUCGCCUCGCAAUUCGAAGCUCGAACAAAGCUUCUAGACCCCGCUAGUGAGCUAUCAAUCUAUCUAUUUCGCCCAAAAUCAAUCGUUUACGUGGACUUGCUUGGGGCCAAACACGAAGUAGAGCUGGGACUUGCUCCAAACACUCAUGCCCUCUCCACCUUGUUCUCUGGUCUCGUGGAGGGCAUAAACCAGACCGAAUCGAGAAGGUUCACCCUCAAGGUCUUCUGCAUGGUUUAUCGGCACGUCAAAGUGGACGACGCUAUACUCUACAACAUCGACACAAAUGGCUUCGACAUCCUGGCGAAAGUCAUCAAGCCCGCGAGCACAGACUGGAUGGGAUACCGCUUCAACUUUAAGAGGAAUGUAACGACGGCCCUGGACGUGUGCCGGCAGCUCGUGGAGAUGGAAAGGGAGUGCUGGGAGGCAAUGCGCGCGUCUCCGGCGAUGGCCUCAGCCGUGAGUCGAGCUGCAGCAGCCGAGGCAGCGGCAGCGAUGGCAGAGGCGGCGGCAGAAGCGGCAGCAGCGGCAGAAGCCGCGGCCGAACCACCAGAAUUCGACACCGCUGGAGAAGAGGCCACGCAGAACGAGAACCUGGAAGUUGAUGAAACUGCAGCUCAAUCCGAAGAAGACACAGCCACUGCCACUGACAGUACUCCGGAAGAAGUUGACAACAAAGUCACUGCAACCUAGUGAAACGUUGAUCUAGGCACCAUCAUCCCCAUUUUGAGGCUUCCAACAUAAGAGCUGACUCAAAGUUCCUGCUAGUCUUGGGCUUUCUUGGGACACUGGAAGGAUCUGUGGCCUUCCUCUCCGCAGCUGAAGCAUCCAUUUUUCU